UGCGCGCGGUAUAUACAGUGUCGGCGCGUCUCUACUACUCGCUAGAUAGGUUCAGUCGCUUGCUAGCCGUCGUGGGGUGAACAUCGCGUCGUGCGCCCCGUCACUCACGUGCCACACGCAGUAUGUGCCGCGACCAAACUGACUCUCAUUGAUCAACAUGGACUUUCAAAGUGCGAUGGAGACUUUUGCUGAAGCCUGGGUUGCCGCGAAUACCAAGACUGCUGAAAAUGGACCUCAGAACCAAGCCCUUGCCCUGAUCACCAACCGGGAGUCCAGAACGCCACCUGAGUCGCCAGCCUCUAUCAGGUGUUCCCCGGCGCCGCCGCCUCCACCACCGCCCCCAACCGCCUCCACACCUCCGACGACCGCCUCCGGCCCUGGCUACCCUCCGCACCUCACCGACGACGCUAAGAAUGGAGGCAAGUCACUGCCUGUCCAUUGCAUCGUGGAGUCCGUGGCGUCCCUGCAGCAGUGGAAGUCCAUCAGGAACACUCGCAGGACAGUCCUGGAGACCGACAGCUACGUCAUCAUCCCGGUCAACACCACAUUCCAGGACCUGGUCCAGGUGGCGCUCCAGAGACUCGGGUAUCCCAAGGAGAACGCUUCUGCGGCCAAAGGAUCCGUAGUGAUAAAGAACUGGAAACCCCUCAGUUUCGACAAGAUCGCAGAGAGUCCUCUAGUCACAGUGGGAGAUAUACUGGGAGAACUGACCACAGUGGCCACUCUUCGGAUACAAAUCUUCAGGCCUCGGACCAGCGUGCUGACAGAUAUGAAGGAUAAGCUGCUGAGACUGCUGCUGGUACAAUCACACGCUCUGCUACUGUCCUCAGGAUGUCCCUUGGAUGAGAUGACGUUGUCCCAGCUGGUACGCAACCAGUGUGGACCCCUCAACAUGUUCGAGCCACAGGAGGAGGUGCGUCGUAAGUUUGACCAGUGGUGGUCCAUGCAGCUCAACCAGCAGCUCAGCCCCAGACCUAGGUUCCAGUGGCACUCCCCCCCUCCCACCGAUCCUGAGAGGAAGUACGAGAGGGGUGUGGAGGAAAGGGUGCAUCCAGCGCUUCAGACUGUCCAAAACCAGUAUCCCACACAAAAAACUCGAAUGAGAACCAGUUUCGAUCCAGAACUUGAACUUCCAAAAUUGCAAAGAUGGUUCUUGGAAAACCAACAUCCUAGUCGCCAACAGAUCCAGCAGUAUGUUAAGGAACUGAACAACCUAGAAUCACGAAGAGGAAGAAAACCUCUGGAUGUGAACAACGUUGUGUAUUGGUUCAAAAACGCAAGAGCAGCCCAGAAGAGGGCGGAAGUGAGAAAUAUGACUCCAGGUAUGCACUGUCACCUGUCAUUAAACGGAUACAACAGCAGCAGUCAGAGUCCUAGCUCUCCUGUGUACAUGAUGAAGUCUCCCGUAAGUGUCCAUGAGGAUGAGGAUGACGAGGACCAGGAUAGAUCCUCACCCAUAGGACCUCUGUCACUGACCACCACCUCCCGGAACAGUCCCUCCCCCUCACCACGACUGCAGCGACCUGCAUCAACUGACCAGGUAGAAGGAGUUAAACAAGAACCCCCAGACCAGGAAUUACAGUCUUCCCGACAGUCUCCAAACAACCACCACCUAAACAACAAUAACAACAACAACAACAAGGACUUGAACAACGAAAUGUCAAAUGAAGACGAUGAUGAAAUGGAAGAUGUCGGAUCUGAAGGAGAGGAUGGAAGCAAGGCGGGAGAAAACCAAAGUCCCGAUGAAGAAAACAGGAUUCAAGCCUUCAGAAACCCAGGUUCUCCGGACCUAUCGCUGAUCCCGAGGACAUCCACUGCUGGCUUCCCCAUGAUGCCUCACUCCACUCCGCCUCCGUGGUUCAGCCACAGCAUCAUGUACAUGAGCCACUACAUGCCCAACCUCAACUCCGGUCACAACCCCGCACAAAGUUCUCCACAAGGAUUGAAUCUCUCCGCUUUGGCUGACGAGAGAAGGAAACGUAACAGGACCUUCAUUGAUCCUGUGAGUGAAGUCCCCCGGUUGGAGCAGUGGUUCGCGAUGAACACUCACCCGUCCCACAACCUCAUCCUCAAGUAUACCGAUGAUCUGAACAGAAUGCCGUACCGGCAAAAGUUUCCGAGGUUGGAACCAAAGAAUGUUCAAUUUUGGUUUAAAAACCGACGAGCAAAGUGUAAAAGACUGAAAAUGUCACUGUUUGACAGUCCCGAGAGUGGACUAGCUUCCCAACAGUCUUACAACCAUCUACACUUGGCGGCCGCUCUGUCUGGGGAAAACUACCCUCCCAGAGACUGAGCUCUCAGCCAAGAGAAUGUGAUACCUUUGACUACGAGUAGACAUUCCAUUCUCAUGGUAAAGGUGUAGCUAGCUUUUGAAUGAUAGGACAUAGUUGAAUCGGGCCACUGCAGAUUGCCGAUAUAAAUUACUGGUUUCUGUCAAAUACGGAACCUUUUAACGCAACCAAAAUGAAAGGAAAACUCAUUUUAAGCUAUCUUCUUUAACAUCACAUAAACAACCUCAGUAAGAAAAACUGUAGACUGUGUUACAAUGCCGUUACACAAGCUGUUCGUUUAACUAUGUUCUAUUUAAACAAAAAAUUAGCUACUACUGAUCCAUAUAAAUGGCAUGUCUACUUCAGUUUCCAAGAGUCAAUGGUAAUUUUGGUAAUACCUCACAGUAUUAUGGACUAAAUACAUUCCGUCUAUGUAAUAAUAUGUAUCAAACAUUAUUUUGAAAAACUUGUGAUAUUCGUACUUACCGACUGUGUUAAAUGUUGGUAUAAGCUGGUUGUUGGACUACAAUGAAAUACUGUUAUUAAUUUAUUCUAAAUAAACAUUCCAACUAAUUUGUAAGAAAAUUAUUGAUUUUUCAAAGUGUUAUAGAUUUUUUGUGUAAUGACGAAGAUCUAUAGUAUUUCUAACUACAUACACAUUUUGUUUGUUGAGCUUUUAUUGCUGUGUUUUUAAU